AUGUCCUUCUCUCAUCAACAAUCUUCUCUCUCAUUCCCAAGGAAGCCCGGACAAACCGAAGGCGUUCCCGCGAUCAACUCUUCCUCCUCAUUUUCCUUCCAUCACGAAUCCAACUCCAACCCAUCGGAAGCACCGACACAGGAUCUCGCCUCUUGGGUGAACCAAGUGCGUCAGCGCAACUCAUCUUCAGCCUCUUCUCGUCUGUCACAAGGUGCUUCCCAGUCGAACGACGUCGUCGGCUCUUCCGCAUCCGGGCUAGAACUUGAAUUUCAAAGGCAAAGACUGGAGCGACAGCAGCGCAGGAAUCGUCUCUCAGUCUCUGGCAUCCGCGGCAUCUCAGCCCGAUCCAACCCGACCUCGCCUCUCGCGACUCCAUCACUGGAAAGCCCUCCCAUCAGAGGAUUCGAGAACAGCUCCAACUACUCUGCAAUGGCGCCACCUGACGCUUCACAAUCGACUUCGGCUUCGCCGUUGCUCGGCUCCUCUCCGACCAAAGCAUCCGGAGUGACAGGCAUCAAGAGAGCCAACUCCUUGCUCGCUCGCUAUGGAGGACAGUACGGCCCAACCGGUGUAGCAGCUGGUCCCAAAGGACCAGGCGACUCGCCCGUCUCGCUCGCCAACUUCAUGGGCGGUAGGUCAGCAGGUCCGCGUCUUGGGAAGCUGGCAGGCGAUGGUAAGAGCGCACCUCCUGAGGCAGCCAUGAUUCACGAGAGCCGCAGAGUGCCGAUGCCCGGACUGGUGCCGAACUCUGGACGAUCUCUCGCCAGCUUCCUCGAGGAGCGAGCCGACGUUUCUGGCAAUCGUCGAAAUGUAGCCGGCUCACCCGCUUCAUCUGUCACCUCUCCUGGCAAAGCAAGCAGCCCAGUCAAAUACUCUUUCUCAUCCGCCGAGCUUGGUCGACCAUCAAGAACAUCAACGGAUCCAUUUUCUAGCACUGCUAGUCCUGCCCCUGGUGCAGCUUCAGCACCUUUGUCUUCGUCACCUAAGAAGGCUUACCUGGACUUGAUCGAGAAGCAGAACGCAAAUCAGGUUAGCGCGCCUCCAUCACCUGCCAUCCCUCGCGCUUCGAGCCCAUCCAAGUUCCACAGAUUUACUGCUGGCGAGAGCGGCACAUCCUCUCCCGGGCUCGAACGACCCGCUUCUCCAGUCAAGCGUGGCUCGGGGGCAUCUUUCCCUCUUGACGAACCCAUCAACAGCUCGACACAGAACAGCGCUCGCAACGACGACUUCUUGAGAGCCUCCCGUCCUCUUCCCAUUCCAAACGCACAGUCUCACUCGUACUCUUCUUCACAUUCUUCUGAACGCAAGGAUGCCGCCACAAGCCCACUCAAGCCAGAAGAUCUCCCGGCUCCAUCCGGCAUAUCUGCCGUGCAAGGACAGUUAAAGUCAGACAGCGGUCUUGGACGAGGCUGGAGCCGUCCCACGGAACAGGUCGAUGCACCAGCACCACCAUCUCAGGCUUCGAGCCGCUUGGCCAGUCUAGCCGCGAGCGAGAUCUCCAACGCUGAUCGCCUUCCGACUGCAUCGCUCUCCCGACUCAGUGCGAAGAAGAUGGUUGGCCAGCGGAUCAAGGAAGCCCAGAUGCGCAAUGUGACUGCACAGAAGGAGGUUGAGCCGAUGCAGGUCGGGCCAACCGGACGCAGUGUUCCAUCCAGUCCCGCCGUUCGCGACAGAUGGCCUCCUGCUCUUCAAACCAACGUCGCUCCCGUUCGUUCCAGCGCCGAAGAUCGCAAAACUGGUUCACCUUGGUCUCCCACCAAAUAUGGUAAUGCACUCCCUGGUCUCGCUGCUCGCUCGCCCAUCAAGGAGACGGGUGCAUGGCCCUGGCAGCCGUCUUCGCCAAAGAAGACCGAGAUUGUGGCCGAGCCACGCGCCGAGCCUGUUCGUCUCCCUGGCAUGGGUGCUAGCGUCAGUCCUUUCGCUCGGGCUGCUGAAGCCAGGAGUUGCACAGAGGAAGCUCUCGUGCUGCCCGAAUCCAACACCAGUGCUGCCAACAACGACCAGGUUCUAGCUCCUCUCACUAAAGCACGAGCCAAAGGUCCAGUCAGAAAGGCCGCGACUGCUGUUGCCAAGCUGCCAGCUUUUUCGGCUACUAGGCCAGCUGCAGAGACCGCCUCUGCUGUCGAAUCUCUUGCUGCGACUGCCAAAGAACAGGACGUGAAGCUGACUCCAGCAAAGCCGCCUCGCAGAACGACGGGCAAGCGUAUCCAUGUCCUUGUGUCCGGAUCUGGCUCCAAUUUGCAAUCUCUGAUCGAUGCCACUCUUCUCAAACCUUCUCCCGGCAUCCCUGUGAUUAACGACGCGCAGGUCUCUUUCGUUCUCUCCAAUCGCAAGGCUGCUUACGGCCUCACCAGAGCUGCUGAGUCCAACCCACCGAUCCCAACCAAGGUGCUUGCACUCAAGACAUGGCAGAAUCGCAACCCGGGCGGAACCCGAGAGCAGUACGACCAGGUUCUUGCUCGCGCUGUGCUGGACGGUCCCAGCCCAGAAGGCACAGGCAAUCCUCCUGACCUCAUUGUCCUAGCUGGAUUCAUGCACAUCGUGUCGGAACCCUUCCUUCACGCUCUUGGUCACAAGACCAACUUGCCUACCAACACGCCUACGCUUGGACCGCGACCAUCGAAAGCGGUGCCGAUCAUCAACCUGCACCCUGCACUUCCUGGUGCUUUUGACGGUGCGAAUGCCAUGCUUCGGGCCUUCGAAGCCUACAAACAGGGUAAGAUCGAUAAGACCGGGUGCAUGGUUCACGAAGUGGUCGCCGACGUCGAUCGAGGCCGUCCCAUCAUUGUUCGAGAGCUUCCGAUUCUUCCCUCUUAUGACUUGGAGCAGAUGGAGCAGGAGAUUCACAAGAUUGAGCACGUCAUCAUCGUGCAGGCAGCAGACCUGGUGCUCAAAGGUCACCUGGAAGAGCUGGAUCGUCAAGAGGCUGAGAAGCAGAAGUCGGCGCCGGUACCCUCGUCCUCGAACAAAGUCUCCUCUUCGUUGGAGACGGUCCAGAUCAAGUCUCGGAGCGCAGACGGCGAUGUGAUCGCCACUGCUUCUUCGGUCGUGCGCUCUGCACGCUCAUCAUUGGCCAAAUAUGCAAGCGUCUCUGAUAUCACAUCAACCGAGACCACUUUCGGCAAGACAGUGUCUGUCGAGGCUCUUGCCAUUGGUGCUGACGGCUUCGUAGAGCCAUUGGAGUUUUCGGGAGACCAGACCUUCCAACGCGGCGAGCAGCUUCGACGCGAGCAGAUCUUGUAUGACGAUGAGACGCUUGCUAUUGUCAAACGUUACAAGUCUGACGCUAGCCUCAUGGAGACCAAGCUGUGGAUUCGAACUGGUCAACGCGCGGCUCUGCACCCAUUCGAGCUCGGUCCUCUUUUCACGUCUUGCGCUGAGGGUCGAAAGGUUGCUGAACUGGCGCAGCGAUAUUCGGUCAAGCCAAUUGUGGUCCCUGCGGGAUGCGAGUCGGGCGACUUGAUUGCAUCCCUGUCAGGAACUUGGACUGUAAGCCGCCAAGGCUUGCGCAAAUGUUUCGAUGCAGCAGCUACCUCGCUGUACCGUGUUCGACGUGCUGUUGGCUCUACACGGGACUCGGAGGAGCGUUUUGCCAUUCAGCAGGUUGACCUUCGAACCGCCAACCUCUGCUCGGGCGACAGCUUUGUUUUCUCUGUGCUCUCCACCCUCGGUGUCUGGCACGGACGCGGCUCUUCUGAGUCUGUUCGCGCUGCUGCUGUGCGAUUCGCUCAGGCUCUCGCCAAGGCGACCUCAAGCGGUGUUCGAUCCACUCAAGACGUCGCCGAGGUCGAGGAAGGAAGCGAAGACAAUCCUUUCUGGAACGUCUUUGACAAGACAGAAACGUAUGCAAGCGCCUGGUCGCAUCGCCACAUGGAGCUGACGCGGUCAGACGACUCGAGUCUGCUCGACAUCGAGCUCGAUGGGCGAGAGCUUCGCCUGACACCCUUCAGCACGAGAGGCUACUUUGGAGCAGACGACCUCCUGCUUCCCACACGAUCGAACACCAUCUCGAUCCUCAACCUUCGAGAUCGGGAACUCUACGUCGUCGUCGGAAAAGACGCUCGUGGUGAUCGUGUGAGGCUCGCAGCUGCUAUCCACGCAGCCGAUGAACUUGCUGCACAACUGCAAACUCGAUUGCGUUCGGCUGCUGCCUCGGUAGCGACCAUCAUUCCACGUCCUGCCGUCCACGUGCUUAUCCUUCCAUCGAAGCUUCCAAGCGAAGUACGAGCAGCCUCGCGAGUGUGGUCGGAUGACAUCGUCGGUAUGCUGCAAGGUGAAUCAGCCUCGCGAAUGAACGUUCACUCGAGCACCAGUGCUUUGGAGCAGCUGAGCAAGCUGAGCUGGCCUCGCUGGACGCUGUUGGACUUGGACUAUUUGCCGGUCGGAGUGUCGUCGGCGGAUGCAAAGGAGGCGCUUGCAUGA